AUGAAGCUCAACGGAGCUGCUGCAGCGACGGUGGCCCUCGUCACCUUGCUGAGCUUCUUGGCCGGCACCUCAGACGCCCAAGGAUACGACUUUUUCCACCUUGUCAUGCAGUGGCCGCCGGCCGUCUGCAACCAGCCUCGUUCCAACUGCAGGGCGGGGAUUCCUCGGACCUUCACCAUCCACGGGAUGUGGCCGAUGACCAACAGAGGCGGCAGCCCUCAGAACUGUCCCGGUAGAGGACGAGUAGACAGAGGCACGCUGGGUGCAAUGGACAGGCAGUGGCCGAACCUGAAGCGCGGUGGGAGAGACCCCAACAGCCAGUUCUGGACCCACGAGUGGAACACCCACGGCACCUGCUCCAGGAUGACGCUGCAGAACUACUUCCGGCGGGCCGUCGACCGCGCGGCGACCGUCGACCUGCUCCGGCUGCUCCGCAGCAACCGCAUCCAGCCCGACAACCGGUCGUACCGGAGGGCCGACAUCGGCGCCGCCCUGCACCGCUACAACCCGGUCGUGAAGUGCAACGACGUCCGGAGCGGCGGCCGCACCUACAAGCAGAUCCACGAGAUCCGGGUCUGCGUGUCCAGGAGCGGCAACAGCGUCGUCUCCUGCGGCGGCGGCGGGCCAGCGUUCAGGAGCUGCGGCAACGGAGACAUCAGGUUCUCCCGUUGA